AUGCUCGCCCAGCGUAAAGGUGAGUAUGGCUUACCAGACGACCUGCUCUCCUUCAGCGAGCACGAUGACGACGAAAUGCCUGUCCCAGCUGCUGAUGGCCGGAUCAACACCAAAGCCAAAAAGGAUCCGAAAUGCCCUCAUUUGCGCAAGCAUACCCUGACCGGCGCAAUCAAAGCGCACUCUCAGAUCUACGUGGUGAAUGAACAGAUAGUCCACGGCAAAAGCACCUGGUUAAGCUCGCUCUGCGCUUUCGACAACCUGCACUCCGCAAAUACCGACGCACGCACCCGUGCUAUCUUCGAGCAUGCCAAAGGCGAAGCAUCCAUAGUACAGACGCACUAUCGCAAUGGCUAUGGCACUUGGACGACCAUCCUUGAGACCGAACAUGGGCGCAUCAUUAAGUCAGUCUUCGUGAAUGCAACGGUGCUGCAACACUUGGUUACUCCUCCAGUAAACCCAUAUGAAGAGCGACAUGGGCCAAUUAAUCGCCUCAUACCUUCGAAGGUACCUGGGUCCCAGAUACAAGCUUUCCGAAGUACAGAUAGCAUGAGGGGGGGGAUCGAGCAAUCGAAACGCGUCCACCGCGACUCUCGAACAACUCGUACAGGACCGUCAAAUCCAACCUUGCGCGAGAACCUCGCUCUGAGAAAACGACCUGUGACCGAGACAGGAUCAGUAGGGAAGGACACCAACUUCGAUGGAGAGCAGACGACCGUGCAAACGAGGGAAGAGAACACAAAGCCUAGGAAGGGAUCUAUGGACGAUCUUCAAGAAUUUGCUUCUCUGCAUGCACUGUUUUGA